AUGAGCGAAACAACAACAUCUAACAUUACAGAAGAAGUCAAUGACAAUGCCGAUGAAAACAUUACAGAAGGAGCUAGUGAAAAUAUUGACGAGUUCAGUGAGGAAGAAGAUAUUGAGGACGUCAAUGAGAACGUUAGUGGGGAACAAACUCAAUGGGAAACAUUGAGAAAUCAUGAAGAUUAUGAGAUUUGUACGACAUAUCCUUUUACUAUUCGUCGAAAGAAAAACAAACAUAUUAAGAGUGAAUGCUUAAAUAAUCAUGGUUAUAUUGAGCUUAGUUUAAACAACAAAACACAUUUAAAGCAUAGAAUUAUUGCAGAACAGUGGAUUGAAAAUCCAAACAAUUUGAAAGAAAUAGACCAUAUAAAUCAUGAUGAACGGACAACAGAAUCUCAAACCUUCGUUGGUGUUUUAAUCUGA